ACAGAGGUCAGGGGAUUGGAGAAGGUAGAUUUAAACAGAAGAUAGCUAAGUAGUCCUUUUGGUCGAAACAUAUGUACUGGUAAUUGUAGCUGUACGAGUCCUAGGUCGGAUCCAGGGAAGCAGCAGCAGGAUAUAUCAGAUCUUUACUCUGCUACUGACAGGCUUGAACCUGAAGCACCUGAAGAUGAGGUCCAGCUUGGUCUCCUCCACGCUUCUCUCCAUCAUAACAUGGAUGGCUGGGGCGUACGCAAAUAAUGGCCCUUCCGCCCAGUGCUGUUUACACCAUUCCAGAACAAAGGUCAAACUGGACCAGAUACAGGACUACACGGUUCAGACUGAUCAAAUCUGUAAUAUCCCAGCCAUAGUGUUUUUCACCAAGAAAGGACUUAGGAUCUGCUCGUCACCUAACAGUGACUGGAGCAAGAAGGCCAUGGGUAAGGUGGACAAGGAGAAGAGGGAAGUGGAGAGGAAGGAGGAGAAGAGAGACACAACCAGCCAUGGACCAGUCGUGUCUCACGAACCACACAAGGGGUCAAAGAUGGGUCAAAGAAAAAGACAGAAUAAAGGGAGGAGGAACAGGAAACCUGGACCGAGAGGGCAGAGGAAGUCCGCAAAGAAAGGCAGAGAAGUUUAGACCUUGAGAGUCUUAUUGUAAUGCAGCACACAGAUUGUCAAACUGAGCUUGUUGUCACGACACAGAGCACACAUGCAUUUGUAUUGCUUUAUGUUUAUUUCAUGAUUGACUGUAAAUCUCUAUAUUUACCUUUUACAAAUAGCUCUGUUUGAUGUGAUGAAAGUGUGUGUAGCAAUACAUAUGAAUAUAUGAGUAUAAGUGUAUACUUGUGUAUAUAUAAUAUAUACAGUAUUAUAUUGCAUAUGAUAUAUAUAUGUAUGUAAGUAUCGUUGCAUAUUAACAUACACAUACUUUUGUUUUGUUUUGUCUCCACAAAUCAAAUUGAAUAUUGUUGAUGUCAGUGAAUAAAAACAUCCUGGUUCCAGA